AGUGUUGCGUGACAAGGAAGCAGAAGCAAAAAUGGCAGCGCCCAGAUGCGUUUUGUUUUUAUUAUAUAUUUCCCUAUUUUCUGUUUUGGAGUAUCGUAGUAGCUGUGAAAAAUUAAGUGAUAAUACAGGAGAAGAGCAAAGUGCCUCAGACGCGUUGCGAGAGGUGAAAAGUGACGUCAGUGGAAAUAAUGAAGACGACCGGCAAUGGCAGUCGACAGAUGUUGAGAUGGACAAAUCGGUUGAGGCGAAAGACAGCGAGUCUGCCAGACCAGCACCGAAAGAUCAGUUUCAGGAGGAGUUGAUCAUCCGACCCCUGCACUCUGGAGACAUCUAUGCAAGCUUCCAGUUCCGCACACUAUGGGACACAGAUUUCUUACAGCAGGGAAAUAAGGUUUCCCACUACCGGCUUUUCCCCAAAUCCCUCGGCCAAGUGCUCUCCAAGUUUUCAGUGCGGGAGCUGCACAUCUCCUUCACGCAGGGCUUCUGGAGGACCAUGCAGUGGGGUCAGCCCUUCAUCCCCUCUCCACCUGGAGCAGAGCUCUGGGUGUGGUUCGAUGACACUGUCGCUGAUGUGGAUGAAAACUGGAAGGAGCUUACCAAUGUCCUCUCUGGAAUCUUCUGUGCGUCUCUGAACUUCAUCGACACAACCAACACAGUUCAACCCAGUGCUUCUUUUAAACCGCUGGGUCUGGGAAAUGCUACAGAUCAUCGUUUUUUACGCUACGCAACAUUACCACGUGAGAUCGUCUGCACUGAGAAUCUGACGCCGUGGAAGAAACUACUCCCAUGUGGUUCUAAGGCAGGUCUGGCUGUUCUCAUGAAGUCGGAGAAGUUGUUUCACAGUAGUUUCCACUCCCAGGCUGUCCACAUCAGACCUGCCUGUCAGGACGGGCAGUGCGCCAGACCAGCAUGGGAGCUGAGGCAAACUCUCAAUGUUGUGUUUGAUCUGUACACUUCAGGUCAAGGCAAAAAGGAAUGGUCCCUGUUUAAGAUGUUUUCUAGAACUCUGACGGAGGCAUGUCCUCUUGCUUCCUCUAGUAAAGUCUAUGUGGAUAUCACAGACAACCCUGAGGGGGAGCUGUUUGAGCUGAGCCCUGCCACUCCUGUCCUCAGUCAAGCUGUUGUGCUGGGGGAUCGCAGGACGUAUUCAGUGUACGACCUGACUAAAGCAGACACGUUUGGACAGUUACGUUCACUCAAUCUUCUGCUCCGCUGGAAAGGAGACAACGGUGACAUGUUGCGUCCUCUGCUGCAUGCGGAGCGCUACGUGGCCGGUUUUGGCCUGCAAACAGGGGAAAUCCACACUCUCGUCUACAAUAACCACCCAUUCCGGGCUUUUCCGGUCCUUCUGCUGGAGUCGGUACCCUGGUACCUGCGGUUGUACAUUCACACCCUUAAGGUCACCAGCAAAUCUCGUGAAAACAAGCCCAGUUACAUUCACUACCAGCCCUCUAAAGACCGCCAGCGUCCUCAUCUACUAGAAAUGCUGAUCCAGCUACCACCUCAUUCUGUGACUGAGGUCACUGUACAGUUUGAAAGAGCCCUGCUCAAAUGGACCGAGUACCCCCCGGACCCAAAUCAUGGCUUCUACGUUGGAUCCUCUGUCAUCAGCGCUCUGGUGCCAAGUAUGGUUGCAAUGGACACGAACCUCACCCAAGAGCAUCCGUUGUUUAGCAGUUUUUUCCCAGUUAAAGAGGAGUCUAACUACUUCAUGCGAGUCUACACCGAACCCCUAUUGGUAAAUCUACCUACGCCUGAUUUCAGCAUGCCCUACAACGUCAUUUGUCUCACCUGCACUGUGGUUGCGGUGGGAUACGGCUCCUUUUACAACUUGCUGACCCGCACAUUCCAGGUGGAUGAGCCGAGCCUGCCGCUGGCAAAACGACUGGCCAACCUGGUUCGUCGUAUCAGGGGAGUACCGCUGUUGACUUAGCUGCAGAGAACAUGUCUAAAACGUCCAUAUUAGGCAGCUGAGAGAAUCUUGAUGCUAAAACAGAUACUCGAGCCUUAAUAUGCUUUUAAAUCCUGGUGGGACUUGAAGCAGAAUGACUAUUUUGAACAAAUUUGGUUCCUUUUCAUGACAGAUGGAUUAGCAUGUUUGUUUUUUAUUUUUUUGUUGGUUUUGCAACGUUGCUUUGAGAAGCGUGGCUCUCAGCACUCAAAGGCACGGUUAGAUUUGCUCAAGCAUAUCUCGGGCAUCUGGGAAAAAUCUAAACGGUGAGACUUGAUGUUAAAUAGUCUCAACCUUUGUGAGCGAGCCUCGAAGCGCAGGCCGUACAACAUAACUACUGAAAAUGGAAACUUGCUAGGAAUUAAGCUAAUAUUUUCCACUUGCUGUAUAUGCACUGAUAUUUAAAUAGCCGUUGCUUCUACAACUUAUUUUGUGCAGUUUUUUUGUGGGCACAAGUGUUUGAUUUGGGUGACUGAAUCGGUCCAAUUUUCCCGUAAUAAACUGAACAGAA